UGCGUCUCAGCACAGAAGUGGAGCCAUCCAUGGACUCACCACCGGAGCCACUCCACCAACAGCUCCACCGCAACGCCGCCCACUUUCUCCACGCCACCACCAGCUCUCUCCUCUCUCUCCUCCCCACUCCCAAGACCGCGGCUCCCCCUCCACCCUCCAAGAUCUGCACGCCCUUCCUUUUCUCCGAGUCGCUUCUCCAACUCACUCCCUCGCCCUUCGAAUCGACUCAACCUAACUCCGUCUCUUCAACGCCAGCUAUCAAGGGCGUUUCGUCGGCUGAGUCCAGCUCGGGGUUCCCAUCAACGGUCAGGAUUGCAGGACUCAGUUCAAAUGGCAAGGGUGGGGGGCCUGCCUUUGUGGGUCAGGUCUUUAGCAUGUGUGAUCUUUCGGGCACUGGUCUCAUGGCUGUUUCGACCCAUUUCGAUAUCCCCUUCAUUUCUAAAAGGACACCCGAGUGGCUUAAGAAGAUAUUUGCAAACAUUACAAAGGGUGAGAGGAAUGGCCCUGUUUUUCGGUUUUUCAUGGAUUUAGGUGAUGCAGUUGCAUAUGUCAAACAUUUGAAUAUUCCAAGUGGUGUGGUGGGUGCAUGUCGUCUUGAUUUGGCAUAUGAGCAUUUCAAGGGAAAACCUCACAUGUUUCAGUUUGUGCCAAAUGAGAAGCAGGUAAAGGCAGCCAACAAACUUCUUAAGACAAACCCUCAAAACGAUGGAAGGAAAAAGCUCGAUGGUGUUCCUGUUUUUGGGGCUGAAAACUUGGAUAUUGCAAUAGCUACCUCAGAUGGGAUCAAGUGGUAUACUCCAUUCUUCUUUGAUAAACACAUGCUGGAUAACAUCCUUGAAGAAUCUGUUGAUCAGCAUUUCCAUGCUUUAAUUCAAACUCGGCACAUGCAGCGGCGACGUGAUGUCAUCGAUGACAACUUGGCAGCAGAAGUGAUGGAAGAACUUGGGGAUAGCAUAUUGGAGCCUCCAGAGGUUCAGGAAGUCUUAGAUGAGAUUGGCCAUCCUGGGAUACCUUGGAGUGUUAUCUCAAAAGCAGCUGAAAUUCAGCUCCUCCAUGCUGCUGAUAAAGUUUUCUUGAGUAAUAGGUGGUUGCGAAAAGCCACUGGCAUUCAACCAAAAUUUCCUUAUAUGAUUGAUUCAUUUGAGAGAAGGAGUGAAGCUUCGUUCAAGAAAGCAGCUGAGUCAGUUUUUUGUCUUACCAACUCUGCAACAAAUAAUUAUACUGCAGAGCCCACAUUAGACGAAUAUGAUGGUAAAGCUGACUCUGGACAAGAGGGGAAACCUCAACAAAGAUCGGAUGCAAGAACACAAAGCUCAUCAGACAAAUGCAUGCAGCAAGACUUACAAUCCAAUCCGUUUCUUCCAAAGAUCACAAUGGUUGGUAUCUCAACAACAGAGGGGCAGAUGUGCAAAUCUACUGUUAAGAAGACAAUGGACAACCUAACAAGAGCACUGGAGAAAACAGAGCAGGGAAAUACCUCUGACGGUGAUAUAAAUGAGAUGAAAGUUGAAGAUAGGGAUCCACUAUUUGUUGCAAAUGUGGGUGAUUACCAUUCUAGCUUGUCAAAGACAGGCUCAGCACGAUGGGUUCGUGGAGGAAACAAUUGAAACAACUUCACUACAACAUUUAUCAGGAACGAGCUGUCCAUCAAAGCUAGAAUGGAGAGUUGGAAAGGCGCUUUUCAUUCAACACCUCAGAUAUAUUUUUCCAUGGACAGAAAUUACAGUGACCAUGGCAUGCAAGUCUGAGAAUAUCAAUGAAUCACCACAAGAUGAUUUUUGUAAAGAAAAAUAGUGAAAAAGAUCCUGGUGAUCAUUUUGGUUGGGUUUCGAAAUCUGUGAUGUCCCUGUUGCUGUGUAACUUUGAAAUUAUUAUUCUUUAAGCAAAAGAAUAAAACUUUUUACCUUCU